CGUUUAAUUUCAAAUCCCUAAAUCGUCUCCUAUAUCCUCUCACAAAUGGACAAACCCAAGAUCUGAAAAGCUUUGGUCUUUUCUUUCCCAAUCGCGUGAUUCGAGCCUAAAGCUCUUUCUUCUGGGUAUUUAGGGUUUUAGGGUAUUGUAGAAUCAUGGCGAGUUUGAGUGGGAGUUGGAGAGAUGCGUAUAAAGGAAUGUCUUCGGAUAACAUAAAGGGUUUAGUUUUGGCUUUAUCUUCGAGCUUAUUCAUUGGUGCUAGUUUCAUUGUUAAGAAGAAAGGUCUCAAGAGAGCUGGUGCUUCUGGUCUCAGAGCUGGUUCUGGAGGUUACUCUUACCUGCUUGAGCCUCUCUGGUGGGUAGGCAUGAUAACGAUGAUUGUCGGGGAAAUUGCCAAUUUUGCCGCUUAUGCCUUUGCGCCUGCCAUUUUAGUAACUCCUCUCGGUGCUCUCAGCAUAAUUAUCAGUGCUGCUCUUGCUCAUGUCAUCCUACACGAAAAGUUGCAUACUUUCGGGCUUCUUGGUUGUGUCUUAUGUGUUGUUGGUUCGAUAACUAUCGUCUUACAUGCUCCUCAAGAACAAGAGAUUGAUUCUGUGUUACAAGUAUGGAAUCUUGCAACAGAACCUGCUUUUCUUCUCUACGCUGCAGCAGUAGUAGGAGCAGCCAUUAUACUCAUAGUUCAGUUUGUACCACAGUACGGACAGUCACAUGUCAUGGUCUAUAUCGGGGUUUGUUCUCUUGUUGGAUCAUUGUCGGUCAUGAGCGUCAAAGCGCUCGGGAUAGCAUUAAAGCUUACGUUUUCAGGAAUGAAUCAGUUAAUUUACCCUCAGACAUGGGUCUUCACGCUGAUAGUUCUCACCUGCGUGAUAACCCAAAUGAACUAUCUAAACAAGGCGCUUGACACGUUCAACACGGCUGUAGUUUCACCCAUAUACUAUGUUAUGUUCACAUCGUUGACCAUCCUGGCUAGUGUCAUCAUGUUUAAGGACUGGGAUCGACAGGACGGAACUCAGAUUGUGACGGAGUUGUGUGGGUUUGUGACAAUCCUUUCAGGAACCUUUCUGCUUCACAAAACAAAAGACAUGGUUGAAGGUUCUUCGUCCUCAGGAAAUUUGGUUGUUCGUCUUCCUAAACAUUUGGAAGAUAGUAAUGGGUUUGAGCAAGAAGGGAUCCCACUAACUCUCAGACGCCAGGAGUGUACCAAGUCGCCAAGGCCAAUGCGUCACCUCAUUCUACCGCAAGACGGUCUUGAAGCUGUGCCUCCACUUACAAGCAGUUCACAUCCCCUUGUCUGGUGCAACAACAGAGAAAACAAAGAUAAAGACUACAUGCGGGGAUGCACUUAUUGCUCUUAUCUGAUAGAAGACGACACAUGCUAUUAUCUACUACAAUUGUCUCAGUCUUCUUUGUCACAGAUGAUUCUAAAGAUUUUUGAGGAAGUCUCUACUUCUGGAAGAUGGCAAUCGAUGGAAUGCCAAACUGGUCUUGAACUAGGACAAAAAAUUGAAAUCUGUAUAGACACUUCGAACGCAGAGAGAGGUCUAAAAGAGAUGGAAAUUAAGACAUGCGGAGAAACAACUUGUGAAUUUUAUAGUGCCAAAACAAUCUCUGAGGACAAUGAGGAUCGUUCAAUGUCUAGGAAGAAGCUCGCAAUUGUGAUAAUCAUAUGCUUGACUUUCACGGUCGUUGAAGUAGUUGGCGGAAUCAAAGCACAUAGCCUCGCAAUUCUGACUGAUGCGGCUCAUUUACUCUCAGAUGUUGCUUGCUUCGCAAUCUCUAUAUUUGCACUCUAUGCUUCUGGAUGGAAACCAACACCGAGAAGGACCUUUGGUUAUUUUAGAAUCGAGAUUCUUCUAAAUCUUGUGUCAAUCCAGAUUAUUUGGCUUCUCACUGGGAUACUUGUGUAUGAAGCAAUCCAAAGGCUACGCCACCAGAACAAAGAAAUAAAAGGGCCUCUUAUGUUUGGAGUUGCUUGCUUUGGAGUGAUUGUUAAUCUUGUAAUGGUCUUCGUUCUUGGUCAUGACCAUCAUCAUGGACACUCCCAUGAUCAUCAUCAUGAUCAUCAACAUAUCGAGAAACGUGAAGAUCAAGAAAAUGGGAUCUCAGAGGGAUCAAAAGCUAGGAACAAAAUGAAUAUAAAUGUACAAGGAGCUUAUCUUCAUGUAAUUGGAGAUUUGAUCCAAAGUGUAGGAGUAGUGAUAAGUGCUGGACUUAUUUGGUGGAAGCCAAAAUUACAUUUUCUUGAUAUUGUUUGUACACUCAUCUUCUCGGUUUUGGCAGUGGCAAGAACUAUAAGUACCACGUGGAAGCUGCUUAAUAUUUUGAUGGAGACAGCUCCAAAAGAUUUUGAUUGUACUAGACUUGUCGAGGGUCUAUGCGAUAUGGAUGAAGUCAUUGCGGUCCAUGAGCUUCACGUUUGGGCUAUAACCGUAGGGAAAGUUUGUUUGACUUGCCAUGUUAGAAUCAAGCAUGAGGCAAACACAGAUGCAAUGUUAGACAAAAUUAUUGAGCAUAUCAAGAGAGAGCAUAAAAUUAGUCAUGUUACUGUUCAAGUCGAACGCGAGCAAAAUCCUUAGUUCUCGAGUCUUUUUGCUAUAAAAUGACACGAAUUUG